UCCCGUUUUCUUUUACUUAAUUCGUGAUGGACAUUGUGUGUACUUGUGACGAAUUUCACCAUGGCAUUAGUUCUAUCCAGAUCAGCGUUUAAACGUUUAUGUUUAUUGCCGUUAUUGUUGGUGUUCUUGAUCAUCUUCUUCUACCAUCAAAUCGCUAACAUUUACCGUAAUGUCGAUUAUCAAGGAAAUAUGACAGUCGUUCAGAUGGCAUUCGAUUUGUUCAAACGUCAGCCAGUGGACAUUUGUCGAAACGUCGUAUUGCUCAACGUUGGCGAUCCGAAAGGAAUCGAACUCAAUUCUUAUCCGCAAACGAUCUGCGCUGAUAUAGGAUUCCAAAUUGAAGAAAACAAUUGUGUGGUCUACGUCAUCAAAACGCAGAAGAACGAAUGGUCUCUAGAGGACACUGUGGAACGAAUUGGAUGUCGAGUCUAUUCGUUAUUGUUGGCCUCCGACUCUGCGAAAGUAACUCCGCGUAACCGGAGCAAUUACGUACAUUUCCAGAGUCUUGGUGAACAAGAAUCAAUCGGAAAAUUCAUUCAACAACAGAGCACUAAUGCUACGUUGAUUGAUUACAUGAUGAUUCGAUUGGGACGCGAUGGAAACGAAUGGCAGAUCCUGUCCGACCUCAUGGAGAACCAUCAGCUGGACCGAGUUAAACAUUUAUCCGUCGGCAUCAAUCUGUGUCCUGAUCGAUCGAGCUUCACGGAAUCGCACUUUCAAUACAUGCUGGACGUGGACCGGCAACUGGCCGAUAAAUGGGACAUGAAAUUGUUCGAUGUGGCCAACGACGAGGACACAUUUGUGUAUAAUCCUGUCGUCAAGGAGAAGACUCACUGCGCUUCUCAGUUCGCCUGGAUCAAUCAGCGAUUCCGUCGGCUGGGUGAUCUUCAAUUUCAAAUGUUUUUCAACGAUUCCCAGCCCACAGAAUCCGUUUCUAGUCAAUCUAACAAUCGAUAGUGACUCCUUCUCUCUUUGAUGCUGCUCGCAUCCUUCUCAUUUUAAAAAUUCCAUUUUCUGAAUUAGUCUUAUGAAAACAUGCAAAAUAAAAAUUUUAUGUGUCGCUUCCUUGUGUCAAAGGCUUCCACAGUUUCCUCACAAUGAUUUGAAAUCGUUUUUCACAUUUGAUAAGCGUGUCUUUCCUGCUCCACUUGGCUUUCAUGAAAGGCCUUCUGAAAAGCCAAGCUGUGAUUCUUGAUUGAUUUAAUCCCUCCCCAAUUAAGUUUCAGAAGAGAUUGCACAAAAGGAAGGCUCUAUCUGCUAUUCACGCUUUUCGGGGGGCGUGUGUACGGCUUUUGACUCGCGUGAAAUUAUUCCAAUGCCGUUCACGUCCAUCCUUCUAAGGAUUCCCUCAAUCUCCGCUGUGUCUGAUGUUCGGAUAACAAAAGGAAUAUUGUCGUCUGAUUAAACAUGUUUCCACCAUUUGUGGAAUGGAUAGCGGUAUGUGUAAAUCAUUUGAACGAAUCGAUAUAAACUUUCAAAUAUAUUUUUCAA